UUGCGGCCUCCUCUUUAUUUCCUACUUCCCCACGCUUUUCUUUAUCUUUCUCACCUGCUGCCUUUACACUUCCUCCACGUUCACCCGCUUUUCUCCCCCUCUCAUUCUCUCACUCUCCCUCUCCCUCUCCUUCGCGCUCUCACGCUUUCCGCGCCUCCUUUGAAAAGAGUGCAACCUUACAGGACUCAACACACCCGCCGCCUUGCACUCUGUCCUACUCUUGCGCUUAUGCCACACCUUCCCGGUCUCCUCCUUACACUCCCAUCUACGUCUGUGCCUCUUCGACUUCGACGCCGAACACUGCUUUUCUCACUUCCUUCCUGGUCCCUCGCUCGCACGCUUCUUCCUUGUCCUUACCAACAACCUCGGCACGACCCGCCUUUGCGUUCCUCGAUCACUUCAUUGCCGACCCUGUCUCUUCCCAAGCUACCGCUCCCUUGUCCCUCGCUUGCUCCUGUCGCGCUUGCUCUCACAAACCCCACCUCACCGUCGAGAGUGCAACCUCACGGGACUGAACUUGGUCAUCUGCCUUUGUCUUUGUUCCGCUCUUGCGCUUACCCAAUACUCGUCUCCGUCCUCAUGCUUCACGCCUACGCCUACGCUUCCACCCCCGCCUCGACUCACUCGCCUUUAUGCUUCCUCCACCCUGACGCGCCUUCGCCUCCUCUCACUCUCCCCGUUCUUGAUUCUUACGCUUCCAUUUCCCUACACCUAUGCUGCUGUUGUUAGUCAAAGCUCGCAUCACUGAUUCCAUCCACACAUUCCCAGCUGAGUCCUCCUGAUCGCGCUCUCAACUACCUUCACCUGGACUAUCCCGCUUUCUUUGCCCUUCGAUCUUUCGCUUCCCUUCUUUGACCUCUCUCCUUUGGCCUCUCUCCUUUGACCUCUCUCACGCUUCUUCAACAUACCAUCCCAGGAGAAUAUUGUUUGUUUUUGUUGCUCCUUUACCUUUUCUUCUGGGUCUCGCUCAUUGCUCUUGUAUUUACCCAAUACUAACGCCACCUCUCCUGACUCUUGCCUACGCUUCCUCUCAAAUCGCCUCGAGCUGCUGAUCAUCAUCAUCAUCACCACAGUCGCCCAUACGCUUCCCCCUGCACUACAGCUGCGUUGGAAUUGAGUCUGUUUCUGUUUUCACUGUCCCCUAGAUACAAUUCCC